CACUCAUCAUCAUCGUCAGCUCCAACUUGAACUGAGGCAACUACAGCACUACUCUAGCUAGUAGAUAGUACAUCACCAUGGUGGACGCAUCCCAAGAACAACCAAUGACAGUGCAAGAGCGAAUGGCUCGUUACAAGGAGAAACUAGCAAAGCGGAAACAAGCCAAGACGGCCAAAGAAGAAGCCUACGAGAAACGCAAGGAAGAACGUCGCAAAAAGCGUUUGGCCAAAGCCGAUGCCACCCAAGCCAAGAUUGAUGCGGCCAACGAAAAGACGGAACAAGCGUUGAAAGAUGCUCGUCGUGCCCGGAAGGAGAAGAAGAAACUCAAAAAGCUGGAAGACAAGACGUUGAAUGCGGAACACGGCGUCUUGUUGGAAGCCGAAGAUGCCUUUCAAAAGGAACAAGACGCUCUCGAAGAGCGUAUGGAAGGGUAUCGACAAAAACUGGCCGAUCACAAGCAGAAAGAAGCCGAUGAAGCUUACGAAAAGAUUCUGAAGCAAUCCGAACUCAAGCGUCAAGAACAGGCAGAAGAGGAACUGGAGAGCAAGCAAGUCGAGCAAGAGUUGCAAGAAAUACGAGCGAAGCAUGAACCACCAAAGCCCAAAAAACACUCCAAAAAGAAACAUUACACACCACCAACCUCCUCCUCCUCCUCAUUUACAAUCCAAAAGAACUACUCUACUACUAGCAGCAGGAGCACUACUACUGAAGCCAGCAGUGGUCCUGCUUGGGCCAAUCCCAACUUUUUGAGAAACUCCAAAACCAAGCAAGAACGACGCAUGGACCGCUACAAGGUCCAAGAACAACAGGCUCAAGUCACGCAUCAAAAGAAGACAAUCAAAUCACAAGAAAGUGCUACCAAACUCAAACAACAGGAACUGCAACAAGCCAAACUACGAUCCGAACAAGAAGCACAUGCCCGCAUGAAGAAACUCCGUCACGACGCCGAAGAACAGUGGGAUCAGCAAGAGACACAACAAUUGCAAGAGGAAGCAGCGCAAAAGACGGCCAACAACAACAACAACAAAAUGGAGGACAAGGCUCAGAAACACGCUGCCCGGGCCACCAAGGCCGCCGAACGUCGCAAACGACACCAGCAAGAGGCAGAGGAAGCUGCGGAACGGGCACGGCAGGAAGAAAUCGAGGCGCAAACUGCCAUUGCAGAUGCCAAGGCGCGAGAACGGGCCGAACAGGAACAACUCGAACAUGCACGGCAAAAGGAGCAUGCCAAAUUGGCCCGCGAAGAAGCCAAGUUACGGGAACAAGCCAAUCAAAAGGCACAAAAAGAACAGGCCAAAGCCAUUGCCGCCAAUCAAGCGCACAAGCAAGAUCAUGACCCGGUAGAAGAAGAAGAAGACGAGGAGGAGGAGGAUGAAGAUUGGGAGGAGAAGGAAAAGGCCCGGUUCUUGGCCGAAGCCAAGCUGGAAAUUGAAAAGAGAAACAAACUCCUGGAACACAAAAAGGCCAAGGAAGCCAAGGCCAAGGAAAAGGCUGCCAAAGCCCAAGAACGCGAGGAUGCCAGAAAGGCGGCACGCCGAGAAUUUCAACAAGCCGCAUUGUCGACCGCAGAGGAUGCCAGCACGCCACAGGAAUUGCUCGAGUUGGAAGCCGAGGGAGCAGAUGGGGACGAACAAGUCGAAAAGGUCUUGGAGGAUUUGGAGAAUGUUCGCGAAUGCAUUGAUCUCUUGCAACACAAAUUGGAAAAGGUACACAACAAGGAGCAAAAGAAACUCCGGCGCAUUGAAGAAAAGAUGCUGCAGUACCAGUACGAAAUCCGGCAAGAAGAACGGAGCCAGAUUGUGCAUUACACGGACGCCGAGCUGGCCGAUAAGGAACGAGAGGCUCGUGAGACCAAGGAAAUCAUUGAAACCUUGCGCAAGCAAAACCACGACAUUCGAAAGGACAAGAAGGAGCUCAAGAAGGAGUGCCGGGCGCUCUACGCCAAGAAUCAACGCAUGGAGGAAUUGACCAAAACCGCCGAGGGGCACAUGAAGCAACUCACGUCUGUGGACAAGGAUCAGAUGGAGAAGGAGCACUAUUGGGAGGAUAUUGCCAACAAAUACAAAAAGGCCAUGGCCAAGCACGAAGAGGCGCUUGCCUACCGAACCAUGCUGGCGGAAUCGGAACGCAGAAUGAAGGAGUUGUACGUGGGAGCCGAAGCCAAGAUUGUGUAUCGGUUCCAAAAUAUGUGCGAUGACGACGCGUUGGUACUGGAAGUGGGAGCCAUUGCCCUCGGGGAAACGCCAGAAGGCGAGGACGAGGAGGAAGACACAACAAUAUUGGAAAAAAUGUUUCAAGAGUUCCAAGGGUGAGCGAGGAAACGAGGAUGGGACGGGUUCGACAAAGAUUUGUUUCAAAAAGUGUAGAGUAGAUUCAUUUAUCUUGCUGGCACUACUAGCUAGAGACUUGUACUUCUAUGGCGUCCCGUAACUUGUAGAUCUUCACGGCCACGCAAUCCUUGCUGGUCUUGUUGUGGUUGCUCACGGCCACACAAUCAUUGCUGUUCUUGUUGUGGUUUUUCACGGCCACGCAAUCAUGGCUGUUCUUGUUGUGGUUGCUCACGGCAACCCAAUCCUUGCUGUUCCUGUUGUGGUUGUUCACGGCCACGCAAUCCUUGCUGUUCUUGCUGUUGUUGUUGUUGUGGUUUCUCAAAAUCUUGGCAGUGCUCUUGGCUCGGUUGAUGAAUAUGCUAGCAUCUGCCAGGGAAAGCCAAAGAUUGUUGGUGGGGUUGACAGGAUCCAACACGAGGGCGGUUGCAUGCCGAGAGUUGAUGUGCUUCUUUGCUGCCGGUUUGGCACUAUUUUUCUGUUUCUUGUCAGUCUUAUUUGGUCUUCGAAAGAGCGGAUCUGGUUCAUUCCAGGGAAUAUCCGCUUGUUGGUAGUAUGUGUCAAAGACAAUCGAGAGUGACAUGUUGUCUUUGGUGUAUUUCUGGCCCUUUUGGUAGAGUUCCACUUGUCCAACCAUUUGGAAAAAGUGUAGUAACAGGAACGAAAUUAGGUUGGGGGUG